CCGUGCCUCGAGCCAGCACUGAGUGGAGCCUGUCUGCCAACAGCUUCAACAGCGGCUCUACCAGGACCAUACUACACUCACUGACAAUUAAAGGAGGCCCUUUUUCUUCUUAUUUUCGAGGACUGUUCUUCACCAUGGGUGACAAAAAGAGCCCUACCAGGCCAAAAAGACAAGCCAAACAAACCGCUGAUGACGGCUACUGGGACUGUAGCGUCUGUACCUUCAGGAACACCGCCGAGGCUUUCAAAUGCAGCAUCUGCGAUGUGAGGAAGGGCACAUCCACAAGGAAACCCCGGAUCAACUCCCAGCUGGUUGCCCAGCAGGUGGCUCAGCAAUACCCGAUGCCUCCCCCACCCAAGAAGGAGCGGAGAGAGAGGAGCGAGCGCAUAGACAAGGAGCGCCCGGAGGGUGAAGGAGAGCGAGCCAACGGAGAAGGACGCCCACAGGUCGAACGUCCAGAGAGAGUGAGGCCAGAGGGAGACACUCCUGAGAAGGAAAAAAGCGACAAGGAGCAGCCAAUCAAAGACAAACCCGACAGAGAGAAGGACAUCAGCCCAGCUCUGACGAAGAAGCCCAGCAGCAAAAAGACCAGACCCAAAUCUGACAGCCAUCAGAGUUCACCCAGUGACAAACACAGCAUACAGUCUGGCAAAUCAGCAACCAAGACCAACAAGAACUCUCACAUUUCCAGGCCCAAACUGAAGAACAUUGACCGGAGUACUGCCCAGCAGUUGGCUAUCACCGUAGGGAACGUCACGGUGAUCAUAACAGACUUUAAGGAGAAGACCCGCUCCUCCUCCACAUCUUCAUCCACCGUCACAUCCAGCGCGGGCUCCGAACAGCAGCACCAGAGCUCCGGCUCCGAGAGCAUGGACAAGGGCUCGUCACGCGCCUCCACCCCAAAAGGGGAUCUCUCUGUGGGGCAUGACGAAUCGUUCUGAGGUCCCGCUGCCAUCCUCCACCACCUAUGAUCCACCCUUGCACCGCUCCCCCCUUUUCCCAUGUUUCUGGACACUAUGGAUCCCACUGGGGGAGGGAUUUCACCUUUUCCCAUCGCCGACCCGCCUUCAUUCCACGAUUUCCCCUGGAUGCUAAGAGGAACAGUGAGGUGCCAUCUUUUACGGAAAACAAGCGCCCCCGCUUGGCGAAUAUCCCUCGUGGUUACACCUGUGGCACAGGCGAGGAGAGGUGGCCUACACGGAAUAACAGCCUCAUUCCUUCCCCUCAACCCCCUCCCCAGUAGCAUCCAGACACUUGUAUGUAUUGUUUUAUAUUUGUACGUGGAUGUGAGGCCAACUCAACUUUUUUGUUUGUUUGUUUUGUUUUUGUAAAGAAGAAUUCUCCGCUGGGCACAAUAACCACCACUUUUUUUAAUAACUUUAAAACUAUUAUUACCUUUAUUUAUUACCUGUUGCACCUGUAUACUUUGAUAUUCUCCUUUUUAUGUUGAAGCUUUGCUGUGUAGCUCUGCAGAUCGAUCGUUCCUUCAGUGUUUUUACUACAGUCUGAAAACAAUAGGACAACACACGCACACACGUCAGAUACAACACAUAUACACUCACACACAUACACACACUGGUGCUAGAUACACUGUGAAGCGGUUUUGCAGAUCUGGGAUUGCCCAUUCGCUCAAUGUGACAAAGUGCUGAUGAAUCAAAUUCUCAUUCACUUUUCUCAACAACACUGUCUCGCUGAACACUGUCGGGACCUCCAGGUCCAUCUACCUUUUCUGUACAGGUCAUUGUGCAUCAGAAGAAGGUCACCUAAAGUUCAGACACCUGACUUUUUCAACUAGAUUGUCUAUGAUUUAGUAUGCUAUAGCAGAUCUCUUAUACAGUAUCUUAUGUCUUUAACUGUACAGUGUAGGCUGUUGUGUAAAACACUAAAAGCUGUCAAUAUUUUUCUGCAUUUGGUACUUAAAUAUUGAGUUUUCUGGCUGAAGGCAGAGCUGUCCUCUCAGCUGGUGAGGAGCCAGAGCAUUUUCUGUUGUGACUGAAUGAUGGUUAAAAGCAGUUCCACUUGGUAAAACCAUAUCGAACUGUAAAAAUAGACCUGUUGUGUCAAGCUGUUGUGAGUCGAUUUUCUUUUCUUUUUCCUCCUCCACCUUCUUUCUUUUCUUUUUAUGUGGUCCUGAAGUCCACCCAGAAAACAGAGUGCAGAGACGAGAACAAUUUACAAAGAUUGACAAUUCAAUUGACUUGUUUUUAUUUGUAUUAAUUUAAGACUCCUGUCAUUGAAGGCAAAACAAUAUUGCAGUAGUUAAAUAGAAGACAAUUGUUCUUUCAAUUUUAAUGCAGCAAGGCUUAUUUAAGGGUUUUAAUUCACGUUCACCUUAGCUGAUACUAGACCAACAUAAUUUCCUUUUAACUGUAUGAAAUUGUAUAAAGAAUAAAUGUGUAUAUGAUAUCUUAGUUUUAUUUAUUGAAGGACCAAAGGAAUUUCAUAAUGACAUGAUACAUAGACAGAUGAAUAACAAUUUGAAAUGCAAUUAUCUAAUGUGUGAGAUGAAUAACAGUUUAAAUAAAGACUAAUAUAAUCCAUGUAAAUGGUGUUCUUAUUGUCCACUCAUCUUUGUGCGUGGCUAAAUUGGGGCAGAGGUCAUCAUGCUGUGAGCGGAGUCGAGGGAAAACCACAGCUCCACACGCAGUGGUGGAUGUUGCCUCGUCGUGCACACAGUGAGAAGCAGUGUGGGCGUGGGAAGAGCUCUGGGUCUUAAGACUUUGGCCUUAGCGAGCCCCUCUUCGCUCUGCUGGACUACCAUUGUACAUGCAGCUCCCCUAACGGAGGCCCCAGCUCACAAACUGAGCCGCUCCCAGAGCAACUAAAAGCCAGGUUACGAGAGGUAACCGUCCCCUCCUUUACCCCCCCUCCACCCCAAAACUAAAAAAAACCCUCCUAGGAAGUGAGGGGCAGGAUUUGAUCUGUGUACACUCAAACGCUUUCCAGAGUCACACGUAGGGAUGAUAAUCAUGUGUGUUGUCAGUCCAGGAGAUGUGUUUAUUUUUUUCUGCUUCUGAGCGAUGGUUAAUAUGUAAUUAUGUACUUUAUUGCAUACAAAUAUGGAAUCAGUGUUCAAAGUGAGGAAAAGCAAUGUGAAUAGAACUUUAAAAAAAAAAGUGGGACUGCUGGUCAGAGGGGAAAUGCUUUGUCCAAUUUUUACAGAGAAUGAAACCCUGCUUUGUAAUGCAAUCGGUUAGAAAUGGGCCUAAAAAGCCAUCUUUUCACCUGCCUUAUCUGCAACCACAUUCACUUUGACUGAGUACUCCCAACAGAAAGGAUUCAUGGUUAAAUUAUUGACAAAUGGGCCAUUUGCUGAGUAUAUGAAUUAUUGCUUGUAUAUAGAAUUUUAAAAAGGUGCAAAAGCAAACACUAUGAAUACUGGCAUUGGAGCUGAAGUCUUUUUUUUUUUUGUUUCCUGUUUCCUUCCCGCGCAAGCAGUUCUGUUCUUGUGUGCGACCAGUAACCUUAAUUUACUGUGUAAAGAUGGUUACAUUUUUUAGCUUUGUUUGUCAGACCCAAAUAUAGAAUGCUUGUUUACUGACUGUAUAACCUUAACCGUGAAUUCCAAUUACGUGUAUUAUACAAACUCAUUUCUUCCUAUAACGAUGUCUUGUACAAUGCUUUUAAAGUUAUUGCUCUGUUUAAAAGAAAAAUUAAAAAAAAAAAGUAGGGAGAGAACAAUAAUCCAUUCUUUGUUUAAUCCAGUUUUAGUUUUAUCUAAAUUCUUUUCUUUUCUUUCUUUUCUUUCUUUUUUUUUAAACUUAUAGCUGAUGUGUCAUUGUUUUCCCUUGUGAAAUGGUCACAUUAUGUUCCUGGUGUGGAAAUGUACUCAGCAUUUUCAGCAGAUCACAGCUCCUUGUCUAGCUUAUAAUGUUGAACUAAUACAUGUUUCUGGCAUGUGCACGACUUUGCGCUUAUAGGCUAACCCGAUCAUUUUCCUCUGCUUCAAAUAGAAAUGUCUAUUUAUGAAUUUUGCUUGUAGUUUUUCACAAAUAAAAUUGUUAAAGUUA